GGAGAUUUUCAGAUCUUAUCGCCUGUUGGUCACAUAGAAACACAAGGAGACAUUCAGAUCUCGUCGCCUAUGGGCCACAUAGAAAAACAAGGAGACAUUCAGAUCUCGUCGCCUAUGGGCCACAUAGAAACACAAGGCGACAUUCAGAUAUCAUCGCCCGCUGGUCACAUAGAAACACACGGAGACAUUGUUAUCUCAGCUCCUCUAGACCACAAAGAAAAACAAACAGAAGAAAAGAAUAUCUCAGUUGCCAACUGCCUUAAAGAAACUCUGGAAGUAAUUCCCAGGUCAGCCCCAAUGACCAAUGAGAAUACGGAGAUGCAGGUGGAGGCCACUUAUGUUAUAAAUGACGUCACGUAUAAUGUACGCUGUCCUUCAGAUUCUGGACUAAAUGAAAACACCACAGACACUGAUAAUGACACGAACUCUGAAGCCAAUGUCUUUUCAGUCGACUACGCUCGUGAAGCUGAAAGUGAAAGAUUGGGUGCGGCCAAUGUCUUUAAAUUAUCGUCGUCACUAUCCGGACCCAACAUGCAGCAAAGAUUUUUCAAUGCGGAUGAGACACAAAGGUUAGUACAGAAUGCUGCCAAUCGUAUCCCCGAUAAAGAAGCUUUAAGCAAAGACAGUUUUGCAAGUUCUUUUAAUCAAGAUCUCGUCCUGAAAAACAACAUCGACUUAGCCGAGUCGAAAAAUACGGAAACUGACGUUGGGGAAAAUGAACAUACGUCUGAAUGUGACAUAUCAUCAUGUCAGGACCCGCUCAGCGGGGAAGAGCAAGGUGAGCCGGGACUGCAGAACUCAUCUAUCAAUGAGGUGGACUCGUACAGACCUGCUCUACGGAAAAAAUCCGGUCAUUUUGUCCAAGAAGAAGAGAAACAGUGUACAGCGGAAGACAGAGAUGCAAUCGAGAAGACCCAUAAGAACAACAGGCUGAGCCCAAAAGAGAAAACCGUGAGCGUGGAGUUGACAGUUACUGACAAGGAUAUGGAUAGUAGUCGGGAAUCCCAAGGACUGGCAACGCACAGGGAUUCUGUACACGAAGAUGGCAAGGAAAAAAUAUCGAAUAGCAUUGAAACAUUAAUCUCUGAAUCUCUUUUGAAUUCUCGUGAUGAAGAUUCUACAGAAGGAAGCGAUUCGAUUGGACACGAACUGUGUCACGGAGAAAAAACCUCUGGUACUGUGGCAACUUGUGGUGGAGUGGAUGGAACCAGGGAGGAGGAUUUAUCAAAGCAGAGAGAUGAAGAUAAUCAACUGGCUAGAGGACACUUAAAAGGCCGUAUUGAAACGGAGCGACACUAUGCGUGGAAGGUUAUGUCCCCUAUCACUUACAAGGAGAUCAAUAUUGGGUGCAUAGGUAAUGUACCGUCCGAUACUGAGGAUCAUCAAAAUAUUAUGGUUUUGGGUGUGAGUACUGAUUCCCAUGACAGUUCACAAGACCUGUCACAUAGCCUGUCACAGGUGAAAACCGAAGUAACGGAGGCCAGCAUUUUGUCUGCGCAAGAAGAAAUUCACAUCCCUAGAACUGCUUGCAAGUGGGAUGAUUCUUCAACACCGAAAGAUGUCAUAGAACACUCGGAAGUCGAAGCUUCUGUGUUGACUAUGAGGCAGCAUGUAAGCGACAUGGAUCGGCUCGGGGAAGCCAUCUCACAUUUCCCCGCCUCUCCUCAGUGUCGACAGAUAGCCUCAGACAUGGGUGACGGGAGGAAUGUCGAGAAGGACGACGAAGUGGGAGCCCACACGGAGCAAGUUUACAUGGAAGAACUUGAGAUGUCCGACAGGCUCAACAUGUACCGCGACACCGUACGGGAGGUCAAAUCGGAGCUCUCUCCGGCACGGUACAUCAGCGAUAAGGACGAAGACACGAUACCGCUGGUGAAAGAGUCUAAAGAUGGCAGGCGACGCGUUAAGAAAGGGGCGAUGGCCAAACAGUCCCAGAACCUCACAGAUAUUUGUAGUGACUCUACGGUCCUGACCAAAGUUUCGGACAGGCCACAGGUACAGAAGACGCGAAGCGCCGAUGAGUUCGCCUUGCUGAAAAGUGAAGACGGGGGUGAAGAAGAAGGCCCCGACGAAUGUUACAAUCUGAGGACGACUAAGAGCACACCAGUGCCCCAGUCUGGUAUCAGACGAAUCAAAUUGAUCGAUGUGAAAGAAUUCCCCAAGGAUAUGCCAUGCAUCUACCGUCCGUGUAAGUAGUUCUGUUUUUGUUUUAGGACUGGAUCGUGUUGCUGAUGCGCGAGUGGAACAUUUGACGUCAUUAAUACUAAAUAUAAUUUUAACGUGACCUCAACUCGCCAUUGAUAUUUUAUUUUGAUGUGCACGUCGUUUUUAUUUUGUGUAUUACACAUUACUAAUAUUAGAAAGAUAUUUAUAACUUGUCGUAGGCCAGGGCCUGGCAAACAUUUUUAAGUGAGGAAAAAAUUUUAUAGAUUAAAUCUGCCGACGAAAUUAUUAUUUUUUUGGAUCUGUAGACAGGAGUUGUUUGUAUAGUAGACGAGUCAAAUAAACAAAUGAGUCAAAUAAACAAAUGAGUCAAAUAAACAAAUGAGUCAAAUAAACAACCACAUCUAUCCAUUCAAAGGGGUUGAUUGAAUAGUAGGCUAGUCAGUUAAAGAACAAAAGCUAUCCCUUCAAGGAACCACUGGCUAUUCCUUUGAAGAGCAGCACGUUACUCUUGCGCCUCGGGUUUCCGACUACUGCUGAAUGGCAGCCAACAAAUAAUGAGCAUGGCCUUGAGGUUUCUCGUCAUAAUUUGUCUUGUUUACAUCUCCAAAAACUUGUCGCGUUUAAUAAUUGCUCUUGAUUGUACUUAGUCGCAUUCACAAGUCUUUGUUACAAAACAAUAAGAUACAGAAGCAUUAAAAACAAAUAUAUGCAGGUGUCGCUAAGUGACACCAAAGUUUGUGUCUUAUCAUUGUCAGGCUAGAAAAUGUCCAUUCGAUUCUCUUUGUCUCCGUCACCAGAUGAGACGAACGACCCUAAGCCACCAGCACCAAGUGCCUCAGAAACUAACCUGAGUCGACCCAACAAACCCAUCACUUUUAGGCAUCGGCCAUCUGAGGCGAGAAGACCAAAGAAAACUAGUCUGUGGAAGCGCCUGAAAUCGGUAAGGAAAAAACACCAACAUGUUGUAAGGAAAAAAAAGCACCAAUAUAUUUUGUGGAAUAAACACCAAUAUAUUCAUCACAAUCUUCGCAAUUAUGUAACCUUCCCUCAUGAUACGUCGCAGUUACACAGAAUUCCCUUCUGUGACGUUACGAAUUGCAUUACCCCCCCCCCCCCCCCCCCACACCCNUGGAAGUCACAAUUUGUUGGAGAAGGCUUUCCUUCUUCAGUUCAGUAAAUCAACUUGAUGAAUCCAUAUCUUCAUAGCUUUAUAUGAGCCGUGUACGUCAUCACUAGAAAUUAAAUAACAAUUAUACAUCAGUUAAGACAGACACCCCCCCCCCUUUUUUUUUACACCUAACACCCAUCCCUGAAAAAACAAAUGUUGAAAAUUUAGACAUGCAUUACAAAGUAUGAAGUUUAUAUAAUAUUAUGUAAAUGUUCCAAUGUCGAGUGUUGUUUAACCAAUCUUAGUUGUUAAAGGUUUGAAGAGUAUUGUUAAAAGAUAGUGUUAUCAAAUAAAUGAGUCGCAAAAUAUUUCGAACUGAAUUGAAUUGAUGAAUAAUUGUUUCCAACUACCAAACGAGCAGAUUUUGAAAGCCCCACGACUCGUGCAUAGAGAUGGCAAGUUCCGGUUCGUGAGGAAGUACAAGAAAACGCCCAACUCUGAGAUGUCCGCGCCAUCCGCUUACAUGUCCUCAACCGCUUCCGACAGCUUGUUGGAUCAGUGUCAAGAUGUUUCGAAAACAAAACAACGUGGGUCAAAGGUGAAGAUUGACGAACGAUUCAAUUUCCGGCCGGUGACUGCAGGUUUGUUCAAAUGGAUGCUUUCGUCUUCUUUUACUGCUGGCCAAUGUUGACAUGUGGCAUUGAUUGUUUAAUGUUAUUUUUCCCCUUUUUUAAAAAAAAACACAUUUGUGAAACGGUGUCUCAAAGACAAGAUGGGAACAUUCAUUUCGACUAUUAUAUUAUUAUUUAAUGGAAUACCAGCUAUCGCUUGAUGUAAACGCAAUAUUUUUUUUAAAAUAAGGUUUGCAGCGGGAACAUUUUAGUUGUAUACUACUCCAGUAGCGUAGCUAGGGUUGGUGUCACCCGGUGCGGUAAACUCAUGGUGUCACCCCCCCCCCCCAAAAAAAAAAAAAAAAAAAAAAACAAAAAAAAACAAAAAAAAAAAAAAAAAAAAAACUUCUAUGAUCGAUUUUUUCUUGUUAAAAUAAGUCCACAGUAUAGCAUCAACCUUGAACUUUUAAUAAAGCACGCAUUUGGAUUGGUUAAAUUUGUGAAAAAUAUAUGUGUGAUCCGUAUUCUUUUAUGAAUCUCGAUUUUUGCAAGCAAUGUGUGCCCUGUAAAUAUGCAAUUUUUCAAUCGGGUGUCACCCCUAAAAUGGUGUCACCCGGUGCGGUCCGCACCCCCCGCACCUGCCUCGCUACGCCACUGUACUACUAUACUCACCCCACCCCCGCCCGAAAACCAAUGUGGGAUAGAGAAUGACAAGCAAAAUGGAAUAGUCUUCUGGAUAAUAAAUUUAACUUGACUAUUUCCCUAGCAAAUGGCCAUGGAGAUGGUAAAACAACUAUUUUUAUUACACGCUACAUGAUAACAUUACAGACCAACCCGCUUAUCUCGACAUCGGUUAUCUCGCAAACCCAGUUAUGUUGAUGUUUUUGAAGUGGAACCGCCAAAUUCUCACUUUGUCUUAGCAUUUUCUCCUUGGUUAUGUCGAUUCUUUUAUGUGGCCGAACCCUGAUAUCUAGAGCGCAAAAGGCGGCCAAGUUUGCCACUUAACCUCGGUUAUCUCGAUCCCCAUGACCAAUCGCCGACUUUUGAACUCCGCAAGAAGAAGUUGCAAACAAUAAAUAAACAAGUUUUUCAUAAUUAAAAUAAUUAUUUAUUUCUCAAAAUACAGGACGUGUGUUUUAGAAUGAACCUAGAAGUAAUUUAAAUAAAUAUUUUUUAUUUCGAGGUUUAAAAACCCGGUAGAGUUCAUAUUAUAAAUGAUCUUAAUUUGCUGUGUGCAAAACGUUGUCAUGGGCAGCCAUUCACGGUCACUUGCAUAAUGGCUAUGCCGUGGUACUACGUCAGAGUUUCAUUCAUAAGAGUUUGCCUUGUGCAAAAGCUAUUAAAUCAUUGGUCAGGGAAAGCUUUAAUUAAAUAGUCAUGUGCCAAAGUUGAAAGUUCCAAAUAAGUAGUCCCUAAAUAGUAUUUUAGUAAUAAAGGGAUGCGUUGCCUUAUAUAAACUAUAUAUCGCGCAAGACACCAUCGGCAGAAUGGGGUCACAAAAUGUGGGGGUUUCGUCCAUAGUAGAAAACAACAAACGAACUCGCACUUUAAAAAUUCAUAAAGUUAAAAAGUUGAUUCUGGUUUAAUUUUUUUUUUUAAAUUUCAAAUUUGCUCUAAAUAACUUAAAUGUUUAAAAAAAAAGGUAUUUAUUUUUUUUACUGAAGUACCUGCAUUUAUUAAAGCAAAUCAUGUACAUAAAGAAAUUUCAAGCUCAUGUUAAUAUAUUGCCGCCAUAUUAGUUUUCGGUUAUCUCGAUCAUCGGUUAUCUCGACGUUUUUUGAAAAAAAAACCCUAGGCCGUCGACAUAACCGGGUUAUACUGUAGUUAGUUUUUUGUUAGGAAAACGUACUUAAAUGAUUCCGUAGUCCAUUCUGACACGAAUUAAGGUCGAUGUGAUUCUUAGAGAAACAGUGUCAUUAAAACAUGCUUUAGUGAUAAAACGUGAAUAAUUCCAACGUCAUCUAAAGAUAUGAACAACCAGUAACAUCUAGUAUCGCUCAGUAACACCUAGUAUCGCCCAGUAACACCUAGUAUCGCCCAGUAACACCUAGUAUCGCCCAGUAACACCUAGUAUCACCCAGUAACGCUAGUAAGGCCCAAGCCAUUUGCAUUUAUUGACACAUUCAUUGAAAUAUACUAAAUUUUUUAGUCAUUUUUUUGUUUGUUUGUUGUGAUCUAUAGAAAAUGGAUCAGAAUGGCAAAUGGAGUCUCCCACCAAGCCUCUGCACAGAAAGAAGUCGUCCAAACGAAACGAGUGGCGACAGUUUCGGCGACUGCGUGUACUGCGACACAGUGCUGAAACAAUGGUAAACUGUUGUGAUUUUGAGAACGGUGAAAAAUUUUCGUUCAUAACUGCACAAUAUAAAAUUGUCAUGUUCUAUAUGGAACAAAGCGAACACAGAUACCGGCCUAAAAUUAUAUUUGUGAAACAAUGGUAAACUGUUGUGAGCUGGGACACAGUGCUGAAACAAUGGUAAACAAUUGUGUGCUGGGCAUACAGUGCUGAAACAAUGGUAAACUGUGGUGUUCUGCGACACUGCUGAAAAAAUGGCUGCGACACAGUGCUGAAACACUGGGAAACUGUUGUGUCCUGCGACAUGGAUCUGAAGCUAUGAUAAACUGUUGUGUGCUUUGACACAGUGCUGAAACAAUAGCUAGGACACAGUGACAACGGUAAAUUGUUGUGUACUGCAACUGGCGACACAGUGGUAAACUGUUGUGUGCUGCGACACUGUGCUGAAACAAUGGUAAACUGUUGUUUGCUGCGACACAGUGGUGAAACAAUGGUAAACUGUUGUGUGCUGCGACACAGUGUUGAAACAAUGGCAAUUUUUUUAGAUUUUGAGAACGAUGAAGCAAUUUAGUUUAUAACUGCACAAUAUAAAAUUGUCUUGUGCUACAUGGAACAAAGCGAACCCAUAUACCGGCCUAAAACUAUAUUUGUUUAUAAAAGAGAGUUCUCUAAACAUUAGGAAAUAAAAAGAUUAAUAAUUUUUUUCGAUUUAUUUUCUACUUCAAAAUAAUAGGAAAAUACAUUUUUUAAACUUUAAAAAUAAAAAUGAAACGUUUUAAUUUCUUAUUCCGACAAUUACUUAGUGAAAAUUCCCCUGGGACACUAAAAUGAAGACUCUCAACAUCUAAAUCGUCCCCAGGGCCCCAUCCUACCACCCAUGAGAACCCAGAAUGUAAGCAACAAGAACUAUGUCCGACUGCUGAGUGAGAACUACCAACGAGCGCAGGAGUCCAAGUACAGGCACGGCUGCGAGGAGGAAGCGAGGACUAAAAGGUCAAAGAAGAGACGAAGUAAGAGCAGGUCAAGUAAACGCGUGAGGUCACCUCUGCUGGAGCACCCUAAAGAUGACCUGGCAGCCAAAAGGUGCGAGAUGGUGAACUCGGCAACACCGGAAGUGUUCGAAGUCUUCUGUCACGAGGAUGAAGGUAAGACGAGCUCAUCCUUUACACACGAUUCCGUGGCUGUUACACAUACCAUACCGACCCGUAGUUAACUCUUUUUUUCCACCAUAUUAAACCACACAACACUUUAAACAAUUUCAGUCAACCCACUGGUAAUUUAUUUUACCGCAUGAAUCCGCUCACUAUGGAAACGUAACACAUCAACCGCAGUUACCCAUGACAUCAUCUCAAAUCACAGACCACUGUGUCCUACAACAUCCACAAACAUUUGCUGUAUGGAUGCACAAAAUACUCCACUGGUUUCCUAACUUUUAAAAAAAAAAAUUUAUUUUUGGAAAAUUCAGACGCAUGCACCGUGAAAGAGGAGCCCACGGUGAGGAUGUUGUUGCCAGUCAUAAAGCCAAGCGCUAGCAGCACAAGUGACCCCGACAGCACACACGUGGCGGAUAACCCGGCCACCAAAUGCCACCCUUGUGCCCACAUGCACCAGAUGAGCCACCUCCACCAGGACAUGUACAAGAAACAGUCAACAUUUUGGCGCUGGCGCUGUGUAGUCAUGUAAGAUAGUGUGGCUCCGAUCAGCACUGUACUAUAGUGUGGCUCCGAUCAGCACUGUUCUAUAGUGUGGCUCAGAUCAGCACUGCAAGACAGCUGGCUCAGAUCUACUUUGUAAGAGAGUGUGGCUCUGAUCAUUACUGUAAGGUAGUGUGGCUCAGAUCACCACUGACAUUAUGGCUCCCGUUUAAAAAAAAACAAAACAAAAAACAACAACAACCCUUGAACGUAAUUUCAUUGAUAAGUAUUGAAAGGUCUAGAUUCUAGAUAUCAAAGAAUACAAUAUUACAUUUUGAAAUAGUCUUUAAAGGAUACUAACUGAAUGUUUCAUUUAACAAAUAAUGUUUUGUUUUUUCUUUAUGAAAAAGAAUUAUAGAGAAUGUAUAGGUUUUUCUAUAGGGAAUGAAAGAGUUGGUUCAUUUAAGGAGGGAUUUUUUAUGUGAUACAAAAUUCUUUAUUCAAAAUAAAUAUUAGCAUCAAGAAGGUACGGGUAUUGUAAGCAUCUGUGCUGUCAUUCUUCUAAUGGUUAGUUUAAAGAGAUGCAGGAGAAGAUUAAAAUGUUGAAUACAUUAUUUCAGUUGGUUCAUUAAUAUUUCAGAGGUAAAUUAGACAAAUAAAAUUUACAUAUCAUGACAUAUAAUACAUGUAUUGUUUUAUAGAAUAAAGGAUUUAUUUUUUA